GCUGCGGGCCACCUUACAAUUUUCGAACCGCAUUAUCGUACACUUUAAAUAUUUUGCGCGCGUUUAACAUUCCUGCUUUUAUUUUUUCUUCUUAUUUUUCAAAAUUUUUAUAAAUUAAAUUUUCACAUAUCGUAUGCCAAGAAGAAAUAUGCAAAAACUUUUUUUUAAUUUCCACACCUUUAGAAGAAAACAUUUCGAAUGAAUGUUACCUUUUAAGAGGGCCAAAAAGUUUUUUUCUUCUUCCCCCUGUUCAGCUGCAGCAAUUCCACCAAUAUAAUAAACAAGUUUACGCAGAUUUUUAAAACAAGUAGUUCUUCCACCAUGCAAGGAGAAAAGAAAAAUAAUUUCCUAUUCAAUUGUUUUAAAUCGUUAAAAAGUACCUUAGUGCCAAGUUUUCAAGUAGCAAGAUGUGAUGCGCCAAAAAUGUGGAGAUUAGCCAUGGGCGGGGUAGACCCAGCCACACCUCAAGCAGAAUCCCUUAUCAAUUUUCACAACCACACAGUAACGUAUAUGGUUUUUAUUAUGUUUACCGUCCUAAUGUCUCUAAAGAGAUAAACUCUCACGUACACAUGUAUAAAUAGGCAGGAGAUCAAGAAUAUAUAUAUAAUUUGUUCACCCCGGAAGAAACAAUAACGGAAUAGUGCACUCACCCCCAUAAUGUGAGAAAUUCAAUUUUCGUGCCAACAGGACAAAAAGGAUGACCUGCAUUUCCGCGUAGUUUACAUGUGCGACUGUCUCUAAUUUUACACUUUCGCAUUACCUUAGUGUACAUAUCUAAUACUAUUAUUUUAUUUUUACAUUUUUUUUUUUUUGUAACAAAAAAUGUACGCAAUUGAACGCUGUGUUUAUCACGAAACACAUUAAAAGGCAUAGGAAAUCACUGGACAAAAAAACUAAAAAUUUAAAUAAAACGUGAAUACAGUUGACAUUAGAAUCCAAACGGAAUGCGCACAUCCGGACAUAAGAUCGAAAAG